AUGUUUCCACACGAUAAUCAGCCACUUCCGGAUGGCUGUACAAGAUGCCGCCGCUUACAGCAGCAAACUCAGUCAGCGUUUUUGGUUCUGCAUCCAGAGAGUACCAGUAAGAAUAGCGACGCAACCCACGUAAAGAAUCGGCAAAGUGGAAAUGCUUUAUAUCAAGUUUCUGAGACUUGUAAAUAUUAUAGAGCUGGCCAUCCCGGAGAUCCGCAUCUCCGUACUCAGCAGGCACCCAGUCCCAAAUAUAGAGGUGUUUAUCAAGUAAAACAAACACUUCGCCGUUCAACCCAAACUGAACUUUAG